CAUAGCUGAUCUACCUGGUACGUUUCGACUUUCAUCGUGUCAGUUAUUGUUAUAACCUUUUGCUGAUUUCAGUCAUAAAAGUACUACUAAGAAAACUAUUUUUGGGUCUUAAAAGAUUGACUUGCAGCGUGAAAAUAUCAGACAUGUCACAAAUUACCAUGAAUAAUAAAGCAUGAACUAUAUCAGGUCGAUUCUAGAAGUAAGAGUAAGAUGAAGUACUGUGAAAUGGCAGCAGAAUUUGCGCCCGGCAGCCUUGCAGCUUUGCGUAUAGAGGAGAGUUCAGAUACCACUGACAGCAGAUGGUCACAUAGCACAAAAAGCUAUGAUGCUGUUGUAUUUGAUGUUCUACGAGUUGCACCAGAAGAUUUUGCUAGUCAAUUGACACUGCUAGAUCUUCCUGUGUUUAAAGCUAUUCAGCCAGAGGAGCUUAGCAGUUGUGGCUGGAACAGGAAGGACAAACUCACUAUAGCACCCAAUGUUGUUGGUCUAACAAGAAGAUUCAAUCAUGUUAGUUUUUGGGCUGUAAAAGAAAUUCUAAAUGGCCAGACAGCGAAACAACGGGGAGAAACGGUUGUACACUUUAUUAAGAUUGCCAAAAGACUUCAUGAGUUGAAUAACCUACAUUCAGAGUUUGCCAUCAUUUCUGCCCUCCAGAGUGCUUCAAUCUUCAGGCUAAGUAGAACAUGGGCACAAGUUUCCAAAAGAGAUAAAGCUACUUUUGAAAAAUUAGCAGAAAUUUUUUCUGAAAGAAAUAACUUUGAAAAAUUUCGGGAACAUGUGUCGAACUUUAAGCUUCCUUGCAUUCCCUAUCUAGGUAUAUACCUCACAGAUAUAGUAUACAUCGAUGUUGCACACCCAGAGUCUCGGGGACUUGAAAACCAUCAGCGUCAUAUGCAGAUGAACAACAUACUUAGGAUAAUUGCAGACUUUCAACAAUCGACAUAUUAUCAGUUACCCGUUUUGUCACAUGUCCAAAAUUACUUAAUGUCAGUACAAUACAUAGAAGAACUUCAAAGAUUUAUGGAAGAAGACAAUUACAAAGCUUCACUUAAAUUGGAACCACCUGAUACUCAUCCAAGCCUGAGUCAUUCUCGUGAAGACCUCAAUUUCUCUGAGAGUAACAGAAGCCUUCACGUUCCAGGGGUUAUGAUUGCUAGAUCAUCUGGAUCAAUGCCAGGUCAUGGACACAUGGGAACUAAGUUUGUUCCAUGUCACAGGAAAGCUCGUAGCUUAGGCACAAACAUAUUUGCAUCAUCGAGUGCAUGUGAGUUGACAACAUACAAAUCUCCAACUGCUUGUAAAAUGAGGCAUCUACUAGAUGAUAGUGUUUUAGAAAUAGCUCCGCAGCUUUCAAGGGCAACAUCUUUAGGCCCAGAUCAAGGAGAAAUAAACAAUGGACUGGACCAUAUGGAUGAAAGUUCAGAUUUGUUUCUUCCAAUGAAACAUACCAGUGGGUCGGAAGAGCUAACCCCAGAACUAAUUGAGGGACAAAUGAGGUUCCAAGGAUGUCUUAAACGAAAAACUUUGCUUAAGGAAGGCAAGAAACCAGUGGUGUCAUCAUGGAUGAGAUAUUGGGUGAGUCUUUGGGGAACAUCCUUGAUUUACUUCUCUCCAAAAACUCUUAAAGGACAUGACAGGCCAGAUUUCAAGUCCACUCCUAGCAAGAUAACAUCAAUUGUUGACUGGAUGGUUGUUCGGAGUGAAAACCCUCGUCAGCCUGAUACUUUCCAAUUGAGUGAUCCUUUGAAAGGAAAUAUCUACAAGUUCCGAGCUGGUACACAACUUAAGGCACUCGAGUGGUGCUACUAUCUUCACGAAGCUACCAAACAAUAUCAAGAGCAGCCUCCAGCAAACCUGAUGACAUUUGAUGAAGGAGUGAUAGAAUAAAAAUAUCAAUGGAAGAAUGACAAAACGACACUUGAUGCUCAAGAUUUAUAUAAAAACUGGUUUUUGCACUUCAAUAAAGUCUAAAUCCUCCAUGGAAAACGGAGGUGAAAUCCCAUGGAUAGGUUGUUGCAUUUGAAGAAAGCAGUAUGACCUCACUUUCUAAAAAAAAUUGCUUUGCUGAAUGUUCCAAGUAGGAAAUUCACAGUAGGAUAUUAACACCUCUAAGAGAAAUCACUUCUGCUUAUUAGUAAAAAAAAAAAAUUUAAUUUGGUAGUCAUAAGUUCAAAUUAAUUGUGAAUCUCCUAAGAGGGCAGUUUAAUGUGUUAUACUAAAUGAGCAGUUGUAUUGCUUAUUUCUUCAAGAGCCUUUUUUUUUUAAAUCAGCUCUCUUCUUCACUUACUGUUUCCAUUUAGUACAAAAGUGAAACUGUUCUUUGACAUGUAUGAAAAGUACUCACUCUAAAGAUAAGUUUGAAAAAUGUCUGUCAUAUAUCAAAUGACUUCAGUGAGUAUGUGAUAUAGUAACAAUACAAGAAAUUAGAUGCAAAUUCCAAACUGAUGAGGAACAGUGUAGGUUUGAAUGAUUAAUUUUGUCUUAAAUGAAAAUGUAUAUAUAUAUUAUAUAAAUACAUUAGUUAUGUAAAACAUUUUUAAGUGUUUUCUUUAUCGAAUGCCAUAUUUUUCUCUUAAGAGAGAGUCAAGAAGUAAAACGUUAUCUCACAUGUGAGACUUGGGAGUGUGUAGGGGGGAAAGAAAUUCCCCUGUUCUGUGUAAAUUUUGAUACAUAUGUAUGUAUGUGUGUAUAUAUAUUGGUGUGUGAUAGUGUGUGCCUGUACAGUAAUGCUAAGCGGCCUUAACUGGAAUUUUAACUAUUACUCUGCUUACAAAGAAGAAAGGAAUGUGCCUUAAGGGCUUCUGUUAGCACUAACUGUGUUUAUAUAAAAACAUCUCGGUAAUUUCAUUUUUAUGUUCUAAUGAUUUUGUGUGAGAUGUUUAAAAUGACUUCUGAAAAUCUUUGAGACAGUUUUGCUGGUUAACUUUUUUUUAAAGAAGAAAUAUUAAAA